AUGAAUUCAAUCGCAGGCGAUCAAAGAGACGAACUAGAAGAAGAAGCGUGUGGUAUUCAACCAUCCAGAGGUGACCACAUCUGUUUUGCUACCAUGUUAAUCAAUUAGUGGAGCUCAUGUUUGGCAAAUGGCACUGCGAUAAUUUAACAGCGCUUGCUUGCAAGAAGCGUAUUCUCUAACAGCUAAAUUAACAAGUCUUAAGCUUAAAUAGGCGGCAAAAGUUUGUUUUCUGUAAAUAAGCUUCUUUACUUGUCAAUAUGCGAUUUUUCUUUCGAUAUUUCAAAGAUUUAUCUCCCAACCAGAUUUAAACGACAGAAGGGUAAAAUUUGGCGCCAAUUCGCUAAGGACUCUCAAAAUCUCAAAAUCUAACAAUAUAAAGUUUACCGUAGCUUUUCUAUAAGCUUAUGUCCAAGGCAACCUUAACAAUUCCUUAGAUUUAAACUUUUAUAAUUGUUUUCCCUAAUUUACCUAGAUGAAGACAUCAGCAAGUGGUCAGAAGAAGAUGUUUCUUCAUGGCUAGCUGACGAGGGCUUCAGUGAAGAGGGACCUAUGUUUGCAGGUUUGAAAUGCAAACGUUACUCUGUAUUUGGAGCUGAAAUUUUCCAUGACCUGAGAGAUUUCGUCUGUAUGUUUUGUUGGCGGUUUCAUAUAUUUCUUGGUUUAGAAAAUUUUUCACUCAUAUAGGUUAAACUUGCCAAUCAUGUGCACAUUUUAUGAUCAACACAAGGUACAGAUUUUUUCUAAAUUAAAUCGUACACUUGUACUUUUGCUUUGACAGGCCAAAAAAUCACUGGGAAGGCCUUGUAUGGUCUUGAGAAAGGGGAUCUGAAGGAGAUUGGUGUUACCUCAAUGGGAAGGAGAUUGGAGAUGUUUGCCAAGAUUACUGAGCUACUACAUGGACAGGGAGGAAAAGUGGGAGAUAAGUCAGGUGAUUUUUCAGUUUUGGUGGAAGUGUGUAGUCAGCACUGUAAUUUUUUAUUAUCGCUUCACCUUGGAAAAAAGUCGAAUGACCAACCUUUCUUCAUUACUUUGUUGUUUUUCAAUGUAACUGGUUGAAGCACUUUGAAACCAUUCACUUGGACUGGCCUAAAAGUGGUUACACUGAUCGAAAACAUCUUAGCCACACAUUUCAGGGAGAUGACACCAAAAAGCUUUCAAUAACUUUAAAAUUUUUAUCAUUCAGUUUCUGGCCCAGCUUGGAAAAAAAAAAUAACCAAGGCAGAUCGAAGUACCUGGAGUCCAAGCCAGAAAUCACAGUAUCUUGAAAAGUAAGUAACUAAUUACAGUGUACCAUUGUUUAGAAAUUGCAUAACUACACUGCACUCUUAUUAUCAAUGACUAGUAUAGGGUUAGUUGUCAAAAAGAUUGAAAGUAGAAGGUGCAAUGAAUUAAGUAGCCAGAUCAGCACACUAGUGGUUGUUUUAGUUUACGUUUGUUUUGUAAAAGGGGCAUCAUACAGUUACCUUUACCUCUGUAAUCACAUAAUAAUUGUACAGUUUUUGUCCAGAGAUGGCUAAGAUUGAGGCACAUAUCAAUGACAACAUUGAACACAAAAGAAACAUUGCCCCCUAAUGGUUGACAUUAUGAAUGUUGAAAUACGGAGACCACAAUAUAUUGCAUUCAUUUCUGGUGCUAACAUUUAAGUACAUUUUCUUCAGAAUUUCCAUCCUUAAUCGGGAGGCUGCUGUCAUCUGGCCAGGAAAUACCAAACUAUACAUUAAGGGGAAUGGAUCAACUAGGUUGAAAAUGGAGGAGUAUAUUACUCGCAUGGAAAAAACAUGUACUAUCCCAGACAUAGGCUUUGGUCGAGGUGAGAUUCAGUCAUUUCAACAUUAGCACUUCAACCACAAUCUUUUAUAUUACUAUGUGAAUUCUAUGUAUACUACAAUAUGGAAUUCGUAUUCCAGUAAAUUCUUACUAUAGCACAAGAUAUUUGAGAUAAAACCAACAAAUUAUGCUGAGUAUCAGUAAAUGCAAUCAACUGUGACAGGUCUCUUAAACUUACCAUCUUACCUCUGAAUCAACUUUGAACAUGUUAUAUGGUAUGCAUGGUCACAUCCUUUCUACACAGAAUAAUAAUAAUUGAACAGUGCAAGAACAUGACUAUAAGGAUGUUUCUUUUUGUAGAGGCAAUGAAAUCGCAUCUGUUACAGUGGUUUCAUGAAAAGAACCGAAAAAUUCAAGAUGGUUACGACUAUGAGGUAAUGUAACACUUAUAAAUAAAUAAAUAUAUAUUACUGGUGAUAAAGAAGAGAAGCUCUUUUAUUCACUUGUACAUUUACAAAAUUCAGUUUCAUGUAUUUCUCGAUGUCCCAAUUUCAUGAAUCAGUUCUAACUUGUACAGUACAGUACAAAUAAGCUUGAGGUCUUCAAAUCCAUGAAAAAUGAAGUGUUGUCAACUUAAUGGUUCAAGGGGAUGUUGGUUGUAAAUACAUGUAUGGCCCUAUGCCCAUCACCCUCUAUGAAAGAAGCAUUUUGUGUCAGUCAUGGUUCUUGUCAAGUGCCAGCGGCAGACUUUCUUGUGUCAACUCACAGACACAGCCACCUUGCCAUCUAAUAAAAAAAUACUUAAAUGAGAACCCUGGCAUGUGCUCUAGCUCAAAACAGAAUACUCUUGUGCAUGCUUUGAUUUAUAGCCAAUAAUUAUUGUUUACAUUUUCUAGGCCACUCACAAACCUGCAAAACGGGCAAAAAGAGCAUCUUCAGCAAAUAGUUCAGAUACAGAAUCUACAUUGUCAGUUUCUUCAUCGUGUCCAAGUUCAGUUACUGAAGGUUUGUCAUAAGACAUCUUACCAUUUUCACUUAGCAUCUGCAGCCAAAUUAUGAUGCCUUGAUACCUUAUAAGUGCAUGCAUAUGUGACUGCCAGGAUACAAAACCAAACUUCAAACAAUGCAUUCUGUGUCGAAUACAUUGGUCACAAAUGUAUAGAAUAGUUGUACACAUGUACAUCAUGAUCCAUUUCACCUUUUUGUUUUAAUUUCAGUUAUUGUUUAUAACACUAAUUGUAUUGCCUUUCAACAUAGCAUUUUCAUUUCUUUUCUAGAUGAGGAAGAUGAAGACAGCAGUGACGUCAAUGAUAUGUCUGCCAAAUCAGCUGAAGUUGUUAUUGUUGAAUUUUUCAAUGUCCAAUCCAUUCACUUCCUAACUGUUAGAAAACACUUGCUACCACUGGGGAAAGGUCUAAAUGUGAAAACUAGAAGUUUAGGAAAAUAUGACCUAUUACUACCUUUAGCAAAGGCCCUUUUUAAGAAUGGCCAUGUUUCCAAAAAAGAGGAUAAUAUCAAUUACAAAAACAUAAAGAGAAACCAGAUAAAGGUGGUGACUGAUGUUAAUUCUUUGAUUAGUAGCAAGAGUGGGGACUCUAUCGAGUCAGAAGAAGUUGAAGAUGGAUCUAGUAAAACUCACGUUUAA